AUGCCUGAUAUCACAGAAGUAACCACACCCAAAGUCCGCAACGACCACACUCACUGGCGUUGUAUGCAUGAGACGGACGGAACCGAGUGCAAUACUCGACUUGAGAUGACUCAAGAACGUUGCACUGAAUGUGGUAGCAGUCGGAAGGAGGGCUCGUAUGCUGAGGCGCAUGAUGGCUACCAGCUCGGGACUCUGGAAUCUUUUGAGCCGGAUGGUAAAGCGAUUUGGCACUAUACUUUCAUCAAGAACGGCUGUAGUUGA